AUGUCGCGGCUCACACAGCUGUUGAAGCGCUUCCGGCUACCUCCAGAGACGACCGCUGUGGAGCUGCGCAAAGCCUACUUCAGGGAGGCGAAGCUGCUGCAUCCGGACCGUAAUCCGAGCAGCUGUGGCGCACAGGCUUUUGCUCAGCUGAAUGCCGAUUUCGAGGAGGCGCAGAAGCUCCUGCAGGAGCCGGAGUGCCGGAGAGCUCGCGAAGGCGUAGACUUCUCCUUCGAGGACGGCAAGAGGUGGUCCGCUGCUUCGUGGGCAGCUCGGUCCCAGGCGCCUCCCCACUUCCGGGGCUUCCGCGAAGCCCAGGAGGUGACCCCAGACCCGGCGGUUCCGGUGGUGGGCCUGCCACCCGAGGUGGUGUACACCUUCACUGCCCUCGCCUCCGCCGCGCUCGUCCUCGGGUUCCUGUACCACCUCUCCCAGGAGCUCACCCCUCCCCGGCGGCACUGCCAGCACGCUGUGCUUCUGCCCAGCGAGCGCAGCCCGCAACUCCGGGCGGCGCUGGAGCGUCUCCGGAAGGCCGACGGCACGCCCGAGGUCCCCUUUGCGGCACACGCGGCGCAUCGCGCGGCGGCGGCCAACGAGAUCUUGGAGGAGGUCCUCCGCGACGACUCCUCGGCGUUGGACUUGGUGUCGGCGCUGCCGCUGCCUUGUCGCGAGCGCAUCGUCGCGGCGCACGCGACCCUCGUCUUCCAGACGAGGUCCAGGCCCCUCCCGCCGCACCUCGUCGCAGCCUACCUACGCGGCUUCGGCGAUGGCGCCCUCCUCCUUCCCCGCCAAGGCGCCGCCGCCACCAUUGCCGACCUCACCCACGCCCGCUCCGGCGGCGACCACCCCGACGACGGCGCCUUCCGUGGCUGGCGACGCCUAUACGUCGUCGAACCGGAACUGGAGGGCCCGGCGGAUCUCCCGCCGGUUGGCCAGCCGGUCUCCUAUGGCCCGCCAUCGUCGUCGGCGGGCGGCAGGCCCUUCAUCCCGGCGGCCAUGGACGACGACUCCGAGGAGGUUGUCGCCCCCACCGCCGCCAUGGUCGCGCAGAUCUCCGACUCCGACGACGACCCGCCGACGGCGGUGAUCCCCGGCGACCUCCCGUCGACCCAGAUCACCAACGUCGCGCCGAACGCCGUGGAGCCCGUCGUCGUCGCCGCGGAGCCGAUCCCCGCCUCCAACGACACGAUCACCAUGGCGCCGAGCACGGCGGUGGACCUGACUCCCGCCACCCCCGGCGACGGCCGCUUUCCCCAACGCUUCGCCACGGUGCCCAGGGCGGCACGCGCCGGCGACGCCUGCCCGCCGGCCACGACGCCGGCACGCCUGGAGGAGAUCCAGCGCCAGAUUGACGCCGAGUUGGCGUCCGCGCCGCCGCCGCCGCUGCCGCCCCAAGACGCGGAGCUGGACAGGCUCCACGUCGCGGCGCUCCAGGAGACCCGGGACAACGCCCAGGCGGCGGCGAGGCUGGAGGCCGCCAUCGCCGCCAACGGCGAGGAGUACGUCGCCUACAAGGCCAGGGUGGAGCGUCGCGGCGCCAGGGCGGAGCAUCUUCCGGCGCCCUCGUCGGACCUGGCGCGGCUGCUGGUCUCGACGUACGGCGACCUCGUUCGGCGGGAGGAGGCCACCGCCGACGGCGCCGUCAUGCCCAGGGCGGCGGAGGCGCCCUAUUGGGUCCUCACGGCGCUGCCGACGGGCGUCUGGGGCGGCCGCAUACCUGGCGAGGACGCCGCGGCGGGGCGCUUCAUCGUCGGUUGGUGCGCCCACCGGACCGACAUUCGCCGCAUUUUUGAGAACCCACCGGCGGGACCGCCGUCGUCGUCGACACUGCAGUGGCUCCAGACCCUGCGCGGAUCGGCCCUUUGGCCCAUGGACCCCCCGCCACGAGCCAAGACACCCGCCGUCGACGAGACCAUCUCGGAGGACGCCCUGGAGCCCGCCCUUGAAUGGGUGCUCAAGGUGGCGAGCAUGUGGCGCCACGACCUCCGCCGCAGACGGGGCGUGGUCCAGGAGCUCAAGUCCAUGGUCGAGGACAUGGAGGACACGACCAAGGAGUGGGACAGACCGACGCAAGUGCCGCUUCUGCUCCACCUCCUGCGGGACGCCGGCUACCCCGACGUCAAGUCCCUCUCCGACGACCUCUCCGACGGCUUCGACAUGCUCGGCGAGAUCAAGCCCUGGCCAGGCCAGGGACGACGACAGGUACUCCGACCCGGCCACGAUGCAGGAGCUGAGUACCUGUUCAAGAGGCUUCCUAUGGCCAGGCCCGGCGCCCACGCCGACGCCCUCCUGGCCGAACUCGUUCAGGAGCGUCGACUCGGCCGGGUCAUCCGCCCGGCCCGGGCCCCGCCGGACUGGCCGGUCAGGACCGUGGCACUGCCCCACGUCCAGGACAUGACGAUGCUCGUCGAGCCGCCGGACCAGGACAUCUUCGUCGCGGCGUCCUUCCCCAUCAUCCAGGUCGACGAAAACGGCGACGAGAAGCUGCGCCGAGGCGAGGACUGGAGGCGGUCCGGGCACAACAGCACGGUCAAGGCCACCGACGUCCCGACGCGCCACUUCGUCGGCGACUUCGUCGACCUGGCGCGUCGCUUCGCGCAGUGGGCAGUCAAGCACCCGGCGCACUCGGGCACCUUCCUGGCCACGGAGCACGGCGUGACGCUGUGGUUUCACCUCGCCAUGUGCUUCGGCGCCGCGGCGUCUGUCUGGAACUUCAACCGCGCCGGCGACGCCCUUCAGGUGCUGCUGCGCCACCUGCUCCUCUUGGCGGUGGGGCACUAUGUCGACGACUUCAACGCCCUGGACUUCCCCGAGGCCGCCCAGGACGCGCACGACGCCUUCUCCGACGUCUUCUCCUUGCUGGGACUCAAGACGAAGGCGUCCAAAGCGCAACCUCCACAGUCGGCGCACACAGUCCAGGGCGUCCUGUUCGAGGUCACGUCGCAGGGCGUCCGGCUCUCCCCGACGGAAAGGCGCCGGAAGAAGCUCCUGCUCGCCAUCGAGGAGGCACUGUCGUCUGACCAGCUGGCGCCGCACGUCGCCCACCGCUUGGCGGGCAAGCUGGCCUUCCUCACGCAGGCCAUCUUCGGCGCCCUCGGGAAGGCUGCCCUUAAGCCCAUCUACGCCAGGUCGGCGGACGCUGCGGCGGCCUCCGAUGACAGGCUGUCGCUGGGCCUUCGCGCCGCGCUGAUGGCGCUCAGAGGCAUCCUUCGGCGGGUGCAGCCGAGGUUCAUCCCCUUCCAACCGUCCACCUCUCGACGAGCCGUCCUCUAUGCCGACGCGUUCUUCCAGGAGGGCGACGUGGUGCACAAAGCGGGGUUCGUGCCACGGUCUGCCCAGGCGCGCCCGGCGGACCGGUGGACCAACGGCUGGGGCUUCGUGCUGGUCAUCGACGACGAGGUCUUCUACAGCAGGGGCGUCGUCCCGGCGAAGGCGUUCAUCUACGUCCUGGAGAUCGUCGCCCAACUCCUGCCGCUGCUGGCGUUCGGCGACCGUCUGCCCAGCUUCUGGACGGCGUACAUAGAUAACGCCGCUGGACAGUGGGCGCUCCUCAAAGGGUAUGGAAAGGACGACGCCGUCAACGGCGUCCUUUCGGCCUUCUGGGCCUCAGCGGCGCGCCACUGCUGGUUCCCUGAGUUCGUCCGCGUCCCGUCGAAGGCCAACAUCUCCGACGCGGUGUCCAGAGACGACCUCCGCCAGGCCUCGGCGGAGGGUUGGUCUUGGCUGGACCUCCCCGGCGACGACAUCCUGAACGUUCUCCUGCGCGCCGCCGACGACCUCGAGUUCGCCACCGACGAAGCGGCGUCGGCGCUCGCAUCUUUGUCCUCUGAGUGGAGUUUCGGUGCCGGCGCGUAG